AUGGAACUCUACUCGGAAAUUUCGCGCCUUGCUCUCACUAACGAUGAAAAGGCGGCCUUGCGUGCGCAUUUCAUCAAGAACCCUGCUCAGAAAGCUGAAGCAGCCGAUGUUCUGCCGACCUGUGGCAACGACGAUGAAAAGAUCCAAUUCAACUGUCGUCUGAUUGAAAAGCUGCCUUCCAUGCCUAAUAUUGGAACAUUGAAAACAGUCCCUUCCAUGCCUAAUAUUGGAACAUUGAAAACAGUCCUCUCAUUGAAACUUCGUGACAGAAUACCAGUUCACCCAUCCAUCUACAAAGAGCUGGAGUUUCUUGAAGAGACUAAGAGAAUACCUUGGCCCACCGUCCCUGUGGUACAGAAGAGUCACUGUGUGGAAGUGUUGAUGAUCUCAUAUGGACAGUGA